UAUAACAGCUAUCGAAGCUGUCCACCACAACGACCUUUCGUAAACUCCGGUCAUCAAUUGAUAUUCCAGGAUCAGAAUACAAGAUUGCAAGACUAGUUCGAGCGCACUGUAGAGCCCGCAAUGCCUACCAUGCCAAGCUACAGUGAAGACGCAGAGGAACAUGCCACUAUGCUCCGCGGCUCCUAUGAUUUGGGAACCGAGGCCUGUCCGAGUCAUAUCGGUGCACAAGACUCGAAAGCGUAUGACCCCAGAGAACGAAGGGAUUGCAUGACGUAUAGCAUGCUGCCCCUUGCAUCUGCAAUCAUCCUCUUCGUCGCUCUUGUCGACGUCUACUCACUGCUCUAUGCAUCACACAUCCUCAAAAGCGUGUACGCAGACGACGACACAAGCGGUCUGCCACUGGGAGACCCUUACAUUGGGUUGACUGCACUAUAUGCGUCAAGGACCGUCAACGCAACCAAGCUUCGCGACCAUCACAUUCGCAACAAGCCACGUAUCGUCGCGCCGAUAUUUGCUGACCGACCGACUGAACGCACCCCGGAAGAGGACCUCAUCGUCAACGGGUACUUCGGAACCUUGUCGCCUCAUGAGAAGCAUUUCAAGAUUGACCCACAGACGGAUACGAUUGUGCAAUUCCGGACUGUUGACUUCGGACUAGAGCUCUGUUCCCUCAUGCUCCUGCUCCCGGAUGCUAAUGAUAGGGUUGAGGGGGCUCAUCCCUUCGCGAUCAGUGCUCAACCAUCGAACAUACGUAUCUGUCCAUUGGACGUUGACCAUCGGUUGGAUACCGCCUCCCUCUCGUGGCGGACACGUCCCCCGUGCAUCGAAGACAAAUCUAUCUCCGUGGUCGCUGAGGCCGGAAAAGAAAUACAGGCGACCCGUUUUACUUGUCCGCGGGCCUCUUAUCAUACGUUCGAAGUUUCCUGCGCAGACCCUUCUCAAGCUUGCAAGAUUGACGUUUGGACAAGUCAAAAUCAGACAUGGGGGCUGUAUUUGCGUCAAUAUCAGACCGUAUAGACCCGUCAACUUGGUAUCUGCACGUGUUCUUGAAAUAUACGAUAACACAUCGGUCUCUAUCCAUCGAAGCAUGG